CCAUUGAAAACGGUGCGCCUACUGAAUACUUAUUUAAUAUAAAUGGCAUUGCAAAACUUACCGGAAGUAAAUCAUUUGCCAUUUUUUGUCCGGAACAAUUGACAAUUUAUGAAGAACUUUGGAUGAUGCUAUUUUGAACCAACCAUGGCGGCGGGUACCAAGGUGACCUUGACAGAUGCCUUGCAGAAUGUGGAUGUGCUGGAUGAGCUGCCUUUGCCAGAUCAGCAGCCAUGCAUCGAGGCACUGUCUCUCUCCAUUCACUAUCAGACCAACUUUGACACCAACUUCGAGGACAGAGCUGCCUAUGUGACCGGUGUUGCCAGAUACAUAGAGGAGGCAACAGUGCAUGCUGACCUGAACAAGUUAUUGGAGGAAGGCAAGGAGUAUGCUGUGAUGAUCUACACGUGGCGUUGCUGCUCACGGGCACUGCCUCAGGUGAAAAGCAAUGAACAAGAAAACAGAGUGGAGAUCUACCAGAAGAUAGUGGAGGUUCUGGAUCCACCAGUCUCAAAACUCAGGGAUUUCAUGUAUUUUCAGAAAAAGGCAAUAGAGCGUUUUUGUGGAGAAGUAAAACGACUCUGUCACAGAGAAAAGAAGAAUGAUUUUGUGUCCGAGGCCUACUUGCUCACACUUGGCAAGUUUGUCAACAUGUUUGCUGUGCUUGAUGAACUGAAAAACAUGAAGGCCAGUGUAAGAAAUGACUACUCAGCCUACCGCAGGGCGGCCCAGUUUCUGAAAGUGAUGGCUGACCCAGCCACUCUGGAGGAGUCCCAGAACCUGUCUAUGUUCCUGGCCACACAGAACAAGAUCAGGGACGAGCUGCAGAAGACACUGAUGGCCAUCGAGGGCUACGAGGAUCUGCUAGCGGACAUCAUAAGCAUCUGCGUGAACAUGUACGAGAACAAGAUGUACAUCGAGCCCAGUGAGAAAUACAUGCUUGUAAAGGUGAUGGCGUUUGGGCUGUUCAUGAUGGACAAUCCAACCAACAGCAUCUAUAAAAUGGACCAGAAGAAGAGAAUCAGCAUCUCAAAGAUAGAUAGGAUACUCAAGCAACUGGAGAUUGUUCCACUGUACGGGGACAUGCAGGUGGCCCCCUACCAGUACAUCAAGAAGAGUGUCAACUAUGACGCGUCCAAAUGGCCCGAGUGCGAGUCGAGCAAAGUGAGCCCCCAGUCUAACAUCCUGGCACACCUGGAGCCCAUACGGGAGGACCACAUGUCCUACAUCAGCCAGCUCUCCAGGCACAGCAACGAGCAAGUGAUAAACAGCUUUGUGAAAAAGGCGAUAACGACCACCCGAGAGACGCCUCGCUCGGAUGCAGAGAACAAGGACCUGUAUGAACUGGCUCUGCGGGGUCUACAGCUGUGUUCAUCGUGGACCCAGCAAGUCAUGGAACUGUACACAUGGAAGCUGCUGAACCCCGUUGACAAUCACAACAACCAGAACGCCAACUGUCCCCCAGACGCCGAGGAAUAUGAAAGGUCGACGCGCUACAACUACAGCAGUGCAGAGAAGUUUGCCAUCAUUGAGGUGAUCGCCAUGAUCAAAGGACUACAGCUGCUUAUGCUGCGAAUGGAGUCCGUCUUCAUGGAUGCCAUUCGGAGGCACAUCUACGCAGAGUUGCAGGACUUUGUACAGCUCGUGCUAAGAGACCCCGUCAGGAAGGCUAUCAAGAAGAAGAAUGAUGUCAUCAAAGUGAUCGUUAUGGCGGUCCGUAACACGUGUGUGGACUGGUUGAGGGGUGUUGAGCCACAGGAAGACCCAGCGAUGAAGGGCAAGAAGGACCCAGACGAUGGUUUCCAAAUCAAGGUACCGCGCAGGAAUGUCGGGCCCUCUACCACUCAGCUAUACAUGGUUCGAACAAUGCUUGAGUCCCUUAUCGCCGAAAAGAACACGGGAGGCAAAAAGACUCUGCGGAAAGACAUUGAUUAUCAGCAUUUCCUCGCCAUUGAUAACUUUCACAAAAACUCAUUCUACUGGUCCUAUUGUCUUAACUUCAAUGAGUCACUUCACAACAGCUGCAACCUGUCCCAGCUCUGGUUUAGGGAAUUCUUUCUCGAAAUGACCAUGGGGAAGAGAAUCCAGUUUCCCAUCGAGAUGUCGAUGCCCUGGAUCCUCACAGACCACAUCCUGGAAACAAAGGAGGCAUCAAUGAUGGAGUACAUCCUGUACCCUCUGGACCUGUACAAUGACAGCGCUCACUAUGCCUUAUCACUGUUCCAUCAACAGUUCCUGUAUGAUGAAAUAGAAGCAGAGGUGAACCUGUGUUUUGAUCAGUUUGUGUACAAACUAAGCGACCAGAUUUUCGCCUACUACAAGCAGCUUGCUGGCAGCAUUAUGCUUGACAAGCGAUUCCGUGCUGAAAGUGCGACCAUUGGACAUUUCAUCGAUUUCCCGAGGACGAACAGGUAUGAGACACUUCUGAAACAACGGCAUGUGCAGCUACUGGGGCGAUCUAUUGACCUGAACAAACUGGUUGGACAGAGGAUCAACGCAGCGCUUCAGAAAUCCCUUGAGGUGGCGAUAUCGAGGUUCGAGGGAGGAGACAUUACCGGCAUUAUGGAGUUGGAUGGUCUGAUCGACUGCAACAAGUUGACCCACAAACUUCUAGGGCAGUUCCUGACGUUGAAUGAGUUUGAUGCAAUGUUACGGGAGGCCAACCAUAACGUGUCUGCCCCAUACGGACGGACGACCCUGCAUGUGUUCUGGGAACUCAACUACGACUUCUUACCCAACUACUGCUACAACGCUGCCACUAACAGAUUUGUGAAGACCCUGUACCCGUUUGUGGACCAAAGUCAGCGGGAGAAGCCCCCCAAUGCCUCUCACCCUUACAUCUGGGGAACCAAGUCAUUAACAAUGUCGUUCAGCUCCAUCUACAGCCAGUACGCAGGCUUUGUAGGCGCCCCGCACUUUCGGGUCAUGUGUCGUCUCCUUGGUUACCAAGGGAUCGCCGUUGUCGUGGAGGAACUGCUGAAAAUAGUUGCUGAGCAGUUGCGAGGUCCCCUGAUGAAGUACACUAAGACACUGAUGGGCAGCAUGCCCCAGAACUGUCGUCUGCUGAGAUACGACUAUGGCUCUCCAGGUGUGAUGGGAUACUACCAGGCUCAGCUUGCAGAGCUGAUCCAGUACCCGGACAUGAGGACUGAGGUGUUCCAACUGUUCAGGGAGGUCGGGAAUGCAAUCCUCUUCUGUCUGCUCAUCGAACAAGCUCUGACCCAGGAGGAGGUUUGCGAUCUCAAGCAUGCAGCACCUUUCCAGAACAUCAUCCCUAAACCUUUCAUCCCUGCCAAAGAGGGCAAGAGUCGGAAGGAGAAGGAUGAAGAACUGAAAGGGGCCAUGAAGAAACUGGAGGUGAAAUACCAGGCACUGCAGGUGGUACCAGUCAUCGGGAAGUUCGGCAACCAGCAUCAAUCUACGAUAGCGCAGGAGGGAGACCUGCUGACCCGAGAGCGGCUGUGCUGUGGCCUGUCCAUGUUCGAGGUGAUCCUCAAGAGGAUCCAGUCUUUCCUUGAGGACCCCAUCUGGCACGGCCCAGCCCCAGCGAACGGGGUCAUGAACGUGGACGAGUGCACGGAGUUCCAUAGACUCUGGAGCGCCAUUCAGUUUGUUUACUGUGUGCCCGUUGGAGAGAACGAGUACACUGUCGAGCAGCUGUUUGGGGAGGGCCUAAACUGGGCCGGGUGUGCACUGAUUGUGUUGCUAGGGCAACAAAGAAGGUUUGAGGCCCUGGACUUCUGUUACCAUAUUCUCAAGGUCAACAAGGUGGAUCAGAAGGAUGAAAAUGUCAAGGGCAUUCAACUUAAGAAAAUGGUGGACAGAAUCCGGAAGUUCCAAAUCCUCAACAACCAGAUAUUUGCAGUGUUGAACAAGUACCUUAAGACUGGCGACUCUGACGGACUGCCAGUGGAGCAUGUUCGCUGCUUCCAGCCCCCCAUCCAUCAGUCACUGGCUACCACCAUCUAAAGUGUUACUACAGUGUGAACACCGUCACGUCAUUACGACAUUGUUGAGAGUAUUGUUACCGCCAUCUUAUCUGUAUUGAGUAUCUAGACUAUGUUAUCACCACUAUCUAGACUGUGUUUCCAAAACUAUCUAAACUGUGUCUCUUCUGACAUCUGAACAGUAAUGCUACCAUGUGAUCAGGGAAAGUUCUAGAGCAAAAUAUGAUGGUGCUGUACCCAGCUCCGUUCUGGUACUAAACCUGCAGACCGUCUGGUAUUGAUAGUAAAGAGAUAUGCCAAAUAACUUUUGUUAUGAAAUAUAAUAGUAAAUUGCUAUUGUUUAAUUGUCUUAGCGUAAGAUUCUUUACCAGUAUUAAACUUAUUUGAAUUGAGUGGAAUGGGUCCUUAUUUCGAUGCUGCGCCUCUUUAACAGGGACGUAUACAAGUUGUGAUCCUAUAUAUUUCCUGGUGACAGGUUACACAGAGGUGCUGCUACCAUCCAUAAUAAUGUACCAAAUCUAGAGAGCUUUUAAUGUCGAGAACGGAAAUAGUGUGUGAAAGGAAUGCACAAUUUCACUGCAGAUUUUGAUGAUUAUGUAUGUUGAUUCAUAUUUUUUUCAUAUGAUUUGUAAACUUGUUUUGCUUGUUUCAUCUCAUAAGUGUUCUCUGUAUGCCAGGUAUUAUAUAGAACUGCUAAAUGUUGUAUUUCAUGGGAUAUGUAUUAUGAUUGUUCAUCUGAGUCCUAGCCUUCUGUGGUAUUAAAAUUUAGUAAAUAAUCUUCAAAUCAUCAGAUAAUAUUAGCAGCAUCAUGUAAAAUGGUUCUAAUGUCAUAUGUGGCCAAUGUAGCUCCAGAAUGGACUGCCCAUCCCCACAGUGUUGUCAUUAGAAACCCCUUUUUAGUCCCUCAAGCUUUUGGGGUGUCAUGAGUGGAUAGGAUCCGAUUGCUCCAGGCCAGACUGCAGAUGCGCAGGCUGACCUGGAGCUACGCUGGUCACAUAUGGCAUAUGACCCAUUUUCGCAUGACGCGCCUUAUUAUAAUUGUGCUUUGUUGUUUAGUGUUGUUGUCCCCAUUCUGUGAAUGUAACUUUUAAUUUGUAUUAUGUGGGUCUUGGCUCUAAAAACUAAUUUAACUGAGUAACGUUAAAUUUAUAUUAUUCAAUCUUAAAUAUGAUACAUAUUUCAGUGUUGAGGUAUCCAUUUGAUUCAGACAAUUUUCUUCUGCAAACGGUGAGGAUUUUCAAAACAUGACCUUUUGUUGUAUAUAAUUACGUGCAAUAUAGUACGGAGUUAGAGUUUUGGUUAUGUCUGCAUUUAGGUGCAUUAUCAAUCAAUGUUGAUAGAUGUACAAUUUUCUCAGUGCUGAAAACGUUGUUCACAACAUAAUGCCAAAAUAUCAAGACUUCUUAAGUUCUUUAUUUUAUGGCAGAAAGUUAUUUUCGUCUUUGAUUGCUUCAACCGUUUAAUAAUGGUAAGUUAUGGUAUGUACACUUAUACAUGAUAUAUUUUAUGGUUUUGUUAACAGUUAAAGUUUUUUGAUACAUGGUUUACUUUGUAUAAUAUUUACUGCUGUUUGUAUUCAAGAUCUUCAAAUACCUGAGUAUUGCACCACCAAACAAAGUGGUUACAUAAGCCCUGUGAGAAUGUGAAUAAAAGAGUAUGCUUAACGGGCAUUUCCCUUGAAUUUAAAAUACUUACCAGUAGCAACUAGCCAACUUUGUAACAGAUCUGUAUGUGUUAGUGUAGUUUCAUUUGUGUAUUUUAGACAAAUAUAUUUGCGAUAUUCCAUUUAA